AUGGCGCCGACAAAAGUACCGAAGAAACCACUUAAAUCUAUGGAGAAGCUUAUAGACAAGCCCAUAUCGAAAAGCAAGAAAAUGAAGAAGAAGAAUUAUCAGAGUUUCUCAAUAUAUCUGUUCAAACUGUUGCGAAGCGUCACGAAGGAGAACUUCGGUAUAUCAAGACAUUCGAUGUUGAUAAUGAAUAACUUUGUGAAUGAUAUGUUGGAGAAGAUUGCUUCGGAAGCCAGCAAGCUGGUCGCCCAUGGGAAGAAGACUACCUUAGGCAGUCGGGAGAUCCAGAGCGCAAUCCGCCUUCUCAUCCCGGGGGAGCUGGCUAAGCAUGCGAACAUAGAAGGAAUGAAAGCUAUCACAAUGUAUCACAACAGUACACACAGAGAUGAGAAAUCGUAA